AUGACUAAAUGCCUGCGCCUCUUACGCCAUUUGCCAUGGACCACGCAGCUGCGUCCUGUGCUCGUGCAGUUUCAAACCCGUCUCAAAUACACGCAGCAUCAAGGGGUCAAAGGAAUUCGCAAUCGCAAGAGCUUCUUUGAGGCACAAAUGCAAUCUGGACAGCAGGCGGAGAGUGAGCAGGAAACGGAUACGGGGAAUGGAACCGACACCCUCGAUAUGCGCUUCCUGGACGAUCGCGCGUACGAUGAAGUUGCAGGAGGCGCCAUGCGCAUUAGUCGCGAUGUGGCCACAGCACAGAAGGUGCUCAUCUUGCAGCCUUACGUAAAGUGGGCAGCUAAACGGAACACUCCAGACGAUGUGAAGCCAAAUGAUCAGCUGACUGAAGCCACAGCAUUGAUACAUUCGCUGCCCAAUUGGAAGGUGGUGCGAGGUUUAAAGGUUCCCUUGGAGAGUCUGGAACGUAAGGCGCUCUUCGGCAGCGGCAAAAUGGCCGAGCUCAAGACUCUUGUGGCGGAACUGCGUCAGGAGCAGCAACUCACCUGUCUCUUUGUUAGCAAGGGAACGCUCUCCUUUGCCCAGAAACAUUUCCUUGAGGCAGAGUUUCGAUUGCCAGUGCUAGAUCGCUACUCCGUUGUCAUACAAAUUCUGCGGCUGCAUGCCACAAGUGCAGAGGCCCGUCUCCAGGUGGCCAUGGCCGAGUUGCCUUACAUCUGGGCGCAGGCCAAAGAUGCAAGCAUGACCCAAACACGUCGACAAGGUUACUCACUGACUGAUUUGCAAAAGGAGAUACUGCGCAGCAGAGAACGUAAGCUGCGGGCGGAACUCGAUCGUGUUCGUCGCCAGCGUCAGUUGCUGCGCCAGAAGCGCAAGCAACAGAACUAUCCGAUAGCUGCUGUUGUGGGUUAUACUAAUGCCGGCAAGACAUCCUUGAUAAAGGCGCUUACCGUGGAGGAUUCGCUGCAGCCGCGUAAUCAAUUGUUUGCUACGCUUGAUGUCACAGCUCAUGGCGGUUUGCUGCCGUGUAAUCUGCAGCUGAUCUAUAUGGACACUGUGGGUUUCAUGUCGGAUUUGCCUACCAAUUUGUUCGAGUGCUUUGUGGCCACUCUAGAGGAUGCAAUGCUGGCGGACAUCAUCAUUCACGUGCAAGACUUGUCGCAUCCCUGCCAUGCAGCUCAGAGCGCUCAUGUGGAGUCCACGCUGCGUUCCCUAGCCUUCAGUAUAGCUGGUGGAGAUUCAACGGCCAGCCACAUGCCACCUAUCAUCAACGUGUACAACAAAUGCGAUUUGGUGCCAGCUUCUGCAGAACCAACUGCUGCAGAGCAGGAAGGCAGCAGGCGGGCAGCUCAUCGCAUUUCGGCACGUGCACUAACUGGACUGGAUCCAUUGCUGCAGGAUAUUGAACGUCAAGUGCUGGCAGUCACAGGACGCCGUAAGCUGCAAAUGCGAGUGCCAAAUGGAGGACCUGAAAUGGCUUGGCUGUAUAAGAACGCGGCUGUUGUGUAUACAGAAGCGGAUGAGAAGAAUCCCGAGCGAUUGCUGAUGCAGGUGGUCAUCUGCCAACGGACCUUGGAACAGUUUAAGCGACAGUUUUGCUAGCU